AUGGUAGGGCCGCCGAGCCGGAGGACUUCCUCGGAGCGGCCUGUCGACUGUCGUCGUGUCUCAGCCAGACCUCAAGGACAACCGAGUCGAACCAACCUACUAGGAUUACUACUUGACACCAGCCUGGCCAACGCAUACAACCCCCUCGGAACAAGCACAGCUUCAACUCACUCCUGCUGCUACGAAGAGGAUUCUACGACUCCAACACAAAAACGAAAAAUGCCUGCAGACCUGAGAAAACGAAAGCCCGAGUCAGGCGCCCUACCGAGCACGGUCUCGAAUCCUAGGCCGAAGCCGAACGAAGUUGGCCAUGCGGCGUCGAACCGCCAGAAACCGACGAUAGCACCGACGGUCUUCAUGCUGCUAAUCGUCGGAUUGAUGUUCGCGCUCUUUCCGAUAUUCUACUACACUCAAGUGAUGAUCCCCGAUCCCGAAUCAAAAUCAAUCCUCUCCAACUUCAGGAAUAAAGGCAACAUCAUCCUCAACGCUCUUGGUCACACUUCCUCCGCCGGCGACGGUCGUAUCCCUUUCAAUGCUGAACAUCAGUCUCAGCCUCCAAUCCAACCGGCUUCCCAAACAAAUCAUAACCUCGGAAUGCCUGCACCAACCGAAGAGGCGAGGCAGUCAAACGAGACAGGAACGAUGUCCACAAUCUCAGAUCCUGCAACGACGGCGACGCAGAGCGAGACAGAAGGAGAUAAGGAAACGCUGAGCGCAGAGAAACAGAAGAAGUUAGAUGAAGAGCUUGGAUUGUUUUGGGAAGCCUCUAGCCGAUACCGACGAGAAGCGCAGAAACAGAAAGCGGGGCAAUAUUCCUUACAGGGCGAUGGAACGUCGGCAUCCAAAGGGGGAUCAACCAAAGAAGAAGAACAGCCACCCUUGCUCGACCUGUUGCCCGAUGCCGAUCCGGAUGCUAAAGAAGGCCUCACCCCUGAAUUCUGGGACGCUAUCAAGGACCAGUUUAGUGCUGAUGACUUGACUGUAGUCCUCAACGAUAUGCGUCGUACCGAACAAACUGCUGAAGCUAAAACCCAUUGA